CUCUGCGGCGGGAAGCAAAUAAUCUACAAGCACUUCCUCAAAGGAGGAGAAAUUAAAGAAGAGGAAGAAAAAAAGUUCACACUCAUAUACACAGAUGCUACCACAAGUUGCAGCAAUUCCGAGCGGAGCGAAGUAACUCCGGGGAAUAAACAGGAGAGGAGGAGCACCACGUAUACUUAAUGAUUAGCUCUUUUUAUUUUUAUUUUUAUUUUUAUGAGGAUCUCUUUUUCUUGUCUGGGUCAUCUAUUUCAAAAUAAAACCCAACUUACCUACAAAAACUCAGCAGGUUUAAGGACUACAGUGAUGCUUUUUUUUUUUUCUACUCAGACGCACCUGUGCGCCACUGAUGAGACAAGCGUAAAGGUAAUGAGAAAAACGGGGAAACCUGUAUGAAGAUGCGCGAACUCCUCCAGUUAGUCUUUCAUCUGAAAGGACCGAGCCUUUAUUAUGAAUUACUGUCUGAAAACUAAUGCAGAAAACUGAUUUUGACAGUUUGGAGCUGGAUGUUCAGUAGGAAGCGCGCACCAGUUGCCCGUAGGAUAUAAAAAAAAGUGAACAUCAGAACUGAUUUUCUAAACCUGCAGGUAAAGUUCUGGAUGCUGACAGACUGUGCAAUAACAGCUGUGAAACUCGGGGAUCCUCCUGCCUCCGGGCAACAAGAGCACUCUGCUCAGGUCUCUACUGCGCAUGUCAGAGUGCUGGACAGCUCCAGAGAGGGAAAUUUAAAAACGGCUCUUGGAGGAAUCAAGUCCAACACAGUGGGAUACAGUAGAGGGGCUCAGGACCAGCUCACACAACCUUCAAUAUAAACCAAAACAGCAAAAGGCUACAACACAUCCCAGGAAAUGAUAGAAGGUGGAAUAACUUCCAGGAUGUCAGGAAUAAUUGACAAUGCUGGGCAUCAUCCGUCACCACAGGACUACAGGCUUCUGACCACGGACCCCUCCCAGCUGAGGGUGGAGGACCUCCCUGGGGACCUGCAAUCCCUGUCAUGGCUCACCUCGGUGGACAUGCCCAGGGUACAGCAGAUGGCUGAUAGCAGAGGCCACAGCAACGGGCCCUCCCAGGGCAGUCUGCUGGAGCAACAGACAGCUCAACUGAACAGCAUGACGAUACCAGUGAGCCAGAGCUCCAUGCUGCACCUUCAGAGUAACAUGCAGCACAGCCCCCUGGGAAUAAGUAUUAUCAACACCCACAGUGGAAGUAUGUCUCCUUUCUCCAUGAAUGGACUGCCUUCCCCAGGAUAUCAGUGUCCUACCUCAGUGUACCAGCCUGCAUCCCAACAGGUGUACUCUCUAACCCAAACCGGUCAACAGUGCUCAGCUGGUGGACUUUAUAGCAAUGUUUCUUUCAACAACCAAAGUCUGUUCACCCAGCCUCGUCUGGCCCCACAAGAACAGGAGCUUCAGCCCAAGUCUUUCCCCAAGCCAAUUUACUCCUACAGCUGUCUGAUCGCCAUGGCUUUAAAGAACAGUAAAACUGGGAGCCUUCCAGUCAGCGAGAUCUAUAGCUUUAUGAAGGAACACUUUCCAUAUUUCAAGACUGCACCUGAUGGAUGGAAGAAUUCAGUCCGACACAACCUGUCCUUAAAUAAAUGCUUUGAGAAGGUGGAGAACAAAACGAGCAGCUCUUCCCGUAAGGGCUGCCUGUGGGCACUGAACCCUGCCAAAAUUGACAAGAUGGAGGAAGAGAUGCAGAAGUGGAAACGUAAAGAUCUCCCAGCUAUUCGCCGCAGCAUGGCUAACCCAGACGAACUGGACAAACUGAUCACCGACCGCCCAGAAAACUGCAGACGGAAGCCUCUAGAGCCCGGAAUGACCCGGCUGGCCGGCUGUACAACUGGUCUCCCGCUGCAGGUCCCGACCCAGAUACAGCCUCAACCCAUAGUCACCCUGUCUCUGCCGUGUUUGCCGAUGCACCAGCACCACCAGCUUCAAGCUCAGCUCCAUGCUCAGGCUCGCCUGGGCCCCAUGUCCCCGGCCCCAGCCCAGACGCCCCCCCUGCACACGGUCCCUGACCUCUCCCACAGUCCGCUCACCCAGCAGCCCAGCAAGCCUCCUGAUGAUUUUUACAGUGUGCAGAGCGACACGAACACAGAGGUGGACGCACUGGACCCGAGCAUCAUGGACUUUGCUUUUCAAGGUAAUCUGUGGGAAGAAAUGAAAGACGACAGCUUUAACCUGGAUGCCUUGGGCACCUUCAGUAACUCCCCUCUGCGACUAUCAGACUGUGACUUGGGAUCGGUGAGCCUCCCUCCGGCCUCCAGCGGAGGGAGCGUGCCGCUGUCAGAUGUGCAAGUAACGGGGCUGUACGCCUCCUACACCUCACAGGAUCCCCUGACCUCCCAGUACAUGGCCAGCCAACCCACCAGCAAACCCAUUGCCCUGCUUUAAAGAAGCCAAACUAAUUCCUAAAAGAUUUUUAAAUGAUUUUCUCUGAUUUGUUGAGGGUUUUCUUUCCAACUUUCUUUUGGACGCCAACUGAAGAAGUUUGAUUUCUUCUGAAGAAGUGAACGUUCUGGGAACCUGGAGAGAAACAUUUUAUUCAACAAGAGAACAGCUUUUUAGGAACUAAAACCACAUAUCAAUGGUGACCUGAAGAUGAAAUAUGUCAGACCUAAAAUCUUUAGUUUUGCCAAGCAAAUACUGAAAAACCUGUUUAAGGACAAAGACUGUGUGGAGAGCUGCAAGUAAAUGAGCUUUUACCUGUACCUCUAUCAUUCUCCUUUCUGUGUUGUAGAUCAAAAACUCUUGUCUGUUGUAUUGUGCUAGACUUUAUUGCUGUGAUGUUUUAUUUAUAUUUAUAAAAGACAACUGGAGAAAGGGAAGCCUAUCAAUCUUUUGCUGCACAUAUUUAAUUGUUUGAACUUGGUGUUAGCCACAUCAUUCCAAAACACCCAGUCAGCCAGCUUUUAGUCACCGCUCCUCCACACAUCACUAUUAACAAGCCUGGAGGAAAGAUGUCUGCUUUGCUGUUUGACAUGAUCAUAAUAAAAAAUGGACAAAAAUAAGCAAAUAUGUAUUUAAACACAUUUAUGAUAUUGGACUGAAAAACAUCCUCAGGUAAAAAGCCAGAAUCAGGAAGAGCUCAAAAACAUCAAAAAGUAAUGAGUGCUGAUUUUUGAUUAGAGUAACAGCAAGUCAGCUUGUGGAUUUGAGGAUCUAAUCUGGCAAUUAAUGUUUACUACCAACAAAACUUGAUUUUAUCAAUAGAGAUACCACUCCAAAAAUAAAAUAAAUGUUCAGGAGCCUUCACAAUGACACACCUUUGACAUG